AUGGCACUGCAAGGAUAUGAUAUCGGUCAAUUACUGCAAGAAGCUCAAACACGCUGGUUGAAGCCCGUGGAGGUGCACUUUAUUCUACAGAAUUCAGACAAGUACGAGUUUACACAAGAGCCACCUACUAGACCAUCUGGUGGGUCACUGUUUCUUUUCAAUAGGAGGGUAACUCGCUUCUUUCGUAAGGAUGGUCAUAGUUGGCGGAAGAAAAGAGAUGGAAGAACUGUUGGUGAAGCACAUGAAAGACUUAAGGUUGGAAAUGUUGAAACUUUGAAUUGCUAUUACGCACAUGGAGAAGAGAACCCAAACUUUCAGAGGCGCAGCUACUGGAUGCUAGACCCGGCAUAUGACCAUAUUGUUCUUGUACAUUAUAGAGAGAUCAAUGAGGGAAGAACAGCUUCUGGAUCUAUUGCUCAAUCAUCUCCAGGAGCCUCGUACCAUCUUGGUCAAAGCCCAAGUUCUUAUACUACUAAUAAUCAAGGAUCUACUUCCUUAAUCAGUAAUUCAUGUGAACCAUAUACAAAUUCAGCUAGUCCUGGGUCCAUCGAAGUUACGUCUGAGGUAGUUGUCAAGGGAAAUGAUGGGUGUAGUACAACUGGGUUUACUACUCCAAACAAUGAGGUCGGUCAAUUUUUUCGAAGGCUGGAGGAGCAGUUAAGCUUGAAUGAGGACUUAAUCUCAGGACUCGGCCCAUUUAAUGGUGACGAAGUAGCUGGUAAUCAGUCAGAACUCGUGGAAUUUCGAACACGAACCUACAAGCAGGAUCAGCUUGAUGUUGCUGUAGGCAAACCUGAAUAUUUCCCAGAGUAUUAUGAUCAUAAUGAGGGAGUGGAAAGGAAGCCAAACAAUCAGCUGUUUCAGAACCCAGAUGGUAGUUGUGCAGAUCUUUCAUCAUAUAUGCUUGAUGGUGCAAGUGGAAUGAAGGAAUCGCUACAAUGGGAUGAAGUUUUAGGAUCUUGCACACCUUCAUCACGUAUUGACUCCAAGGAAAACUUGACAUCUGACUUAAAGAGGGAGCCUGCUGAAGAGUAUCAACCUUCACAGUGGCUAAGUUUUGGUGGAAAUAAUGCUGGAAAAUCUUCUGUUUUGCUGCCUGAAGUUGGAAAAUUUGAAGUUCUUGGAUACUCUGGUAUGGAAAGUCAACCAGACAAUUUCGACUACCCAAUGCUCUACAGUAAUGAUCAAGCAAACUCCCAGCUGACCCUUGGGCAACAUCAGAAAUUUAAAAUCCAGGAAAUUUGUCCAGAGUGGGGUUAUUGCUACGAGGGUACAAAGGUCUUGAUAGUUGGCUCUUUUCUUUCUGACCCCUCGGGAUCGGCAUGGGCCUGCAUGUUUGGUGACACUGAAGUUCCUAUAAGGAUUAUUCAGGAAGGCGUUAUACAGUGUGAGACCCCCCAUCUAGACCCAGGAAAAGUCUCAGUCUGUAUCACAUCUAGCAAUCGAGAAUCUUGUAGUGAGAUCCGAGACUUUGAAUUUCGAAAGAAGCCUAGUCCUGGCUGUAUUCAUUGUGCUCUAUCCCCAUUGGAAUCCAAGAAUCCAGAAGAACCAUUGUUACUCGUCAGAUUUGCACAGUCACUUCUGUGCGAGUCCUCUUUGCUGAAGCUUAACAGCGACGAAUCUUCUGUACGUAAUCAACCCGGAGCAUCAAAUAUGGAUGACGGCUCAUGGAGUCAGGUAAUCGAGGCUCUUUUAGUUGGUAGCGGAACUUCAUCAACCACUGUCAAUUGGCUUCUGGAACAACUUCUCAAGGAUAAGCUGGUUCAUUGGCUUUCCUCCAAGUCCCAUGGGUCAUCAGAUAAUCAAUCUGGUGGUUGUUAUCUUUCCAAGAAAGAGCAAGGGAUUAUUCACAUGGUUGCUGGGUUGGGCUUUGAGUGGGCCUUGAUUCCCAUACUUAGUCAUGGGGUCAGUGUAGAUUUCAGGGACAUUAAUGGCUGGACUGCUCUUCAUUGGGCUGCUCGCUUUGGCAGGGAGAAAAUGGUUGCAGCCCUUAUAGCUUCUGGAGCCUCAGCUGGAGCUGUGACAGAUCCUAAUUCACAAGAUCCCAUUGGAAAAACCCCAGCUUCCAUUGCUGCCAUCAACGGCCAUGAUGGACUCGCUGGCUAUCUCUCCGAGCUGGCGUUGAUAAGCCAUCUCUCCUCACUCACAUUAGAAGAGAGUGAGUUAUCCAAAGGAUCGGCUGAGGUUCAAGCCGAGAGAACCAUGGAUAGCAUUGCGAAAGAGAGCUUUCCGGCAUCUGAAGAUCAAGCUUCGAUAAAGAAUACUUUGGCUGCUGUUCGGAAUGCAGCACAGGCUGCUGCCCGGAUACAAUCUGCUUUCCGUGCACAUUCGUUCAGAAGGCGGCAACACGGGGAAGCUGUAGCUGCUGAAGAUGAGUAUGGCAUUUUAUCUGGUGACAUCCAGGGGCUCUCGGCGCUGUCAAAGAUGGCCUUUGGUAACCCACGUGAUUAUAGUUCUGCUGCUUUGUCUAUCCAGAAGAAGUAUCGUGGUUGGAGGGGUCGACAAGACUUCCUUACCCUGAGACAGAAAAUCGUGAAGAUACAGGCAUAUGUGAGGGGGUAUCAGGUGAGGAAACACUACAGGGUAAUCUGUUGGGCAGUUGGGAUUAUUGAUAAAGUUGUGCUGAGGUGGCGGCGAAAGGGAGCUGGGUUGCGUGGGUUAAGGAACGAGACGGAGCCCAUUGGCGAGGAAGAAGAAGAAGAUGUAGACAUCCUCAAGAGUUUCCGUAAACAGAAGGUUGAUGGAACUGUGGAUGAGGCAGUCUCGCGUGUUCUGUCGAUGGUCCAGUCUCCAGACGCACGCCAGCAGUAUCAAAGGAUGCUCGAGCGUUACAAACAAGCUAAGGCUGAACUAGCUGCCAGCAGCGAAGCGGGAACUUCAAAUCAACGCAGUGGAUCGGCAAUGGAAAGCGAAACUCAGCACCAUUUCCAGUAG